AAAUUUGGCGCCCUCAAGUGUCAGUGUUGUGUUGGAUGUGUCGUCGCUAUUUUCCAGUCAUGUCAAUUUUUUGAAGCCAAGAAAAUCAAUAUAAACUACUGGCUAACUGCAUCAGAAGCAUCUGAUCAUGUUAUUCCAUCCCUCUUACCCUUUUUGCUUCGUGGUGGCUCUGACUAUCUCUCUGUCUAGUCUGAGUUCAUCACAGGACACCACCGAUGAGCCAUUCUCUUGCUACCAGGGCACCAUUCAGAGUAACACCAGAGGACAGAUCAAACAUCAUAGCGAACGGAAGCUGACCCCCCUUCCAUGCGAGGAACCGAUGUCACACACUACAACCAUGACAACCCAGCCAACGUCGACAGCUGCUUCUGAUACUGGGGAAAACCCAUCACAGACCCCCGCCCAGCCCACAGUAGCCCCAGUGACUACAAGCCAACCGCAAAAUGCCUCCUUGGUUAGCUGGUGCACUGCAACCUUGCAUCCCUCAAGUACAUCUGUUUCAACAAAUAGCACCUGGACAGCCAACUUCAGCUGCAUGCUGGCCACCGCAGAGUGCCCGAAAAAUGGACGUACGUAUUGCUGCAAAACGUCCAACUGCAACAAUCUUAAAUUCUUCAAGCAACACACUGGUUUCGAGAUUGCCACCGUCAAUUCAUGCCAUAAGACGGGCAGUCACAAUGGCACAGGACCAGUCCCCGUGUACAAGUGUCCGGGUGGAAGCGAGUAUUGUUACAAUCGGACCGCUGACGGAGUGACGUCAUUUGGAUGCAGCUCAGGACGCACGCAGAUUAGUUGCCGAAACAUCACUCUUGAUAACAAGAGUAGAUGUGUAAAGGUUGGGAAGUCCAUUUUAUGCUGUUGUGCCAGCGACAACUGCAACGGUCUUGCCAGUAAUGCCUCAUCAGUCAUUCCUACUGUGCCUACCACUACACAUUAUUUAGUAACAGCCAGCAAGCCUUCUUCAAACUGGACGUUGGUGCUCAUAAUUGCGUGCGGUGUUCUGUUUGGCGGAUUGAUCGGUGUGGCUUCCACGGUGCUAUACAAGAGAUGGAAAAAGAAGCAAAAUGCAAACGGACCGCUCAAUAUUUCCUACAGCCGGGUCAGUGCGGAUUUUGCAGAUGACGACAAUGUCUUUAGCUACUAAAAGAAAGAAAAAAGAUAGAAUUUAUGUGUGUAUUUGUGUUCUUGAUUUGCGUACUUUACUUUAAAAAGUACAUGUAUUGUUGCUGUUUUAGUUUUAAUUUCAUUGAAUAUUUAACUUAAUUUCCUGAAAUGAAUGUAAACUUGAUUUCAUAAAUAUGUCCAAGUCAUCAGUUUUUACACUGUUAUCAUUUUUUUUUUAAUCGCAGUUUUGUUUUCAAAUUUGUUUUGGGCAAAAUAUCGUAGAGAAAAAGCAGUUUCUAUUUUUAAAAAAAAAUCAAAUUUUGUACCAUAGUACUAGCUCUGGGUGUUUCUUUUUGUACAUGUAUUUAUUAAGGUGAUUAGGAUUUUCAUAGUUGUAGUGAUUAUCUACAGUACUUUUAUCCAAAUAAAACCUGCAUAUUUGACUGAAAUCUUUGCUAGUAUUUGGUUUAAAAAUUACGAAAUUCCUUGCAUGUGUGUUUGUUCUGUACAAUAUCAUAUCAAAUUGCUUUUCCUAAAGUUUUUUUUUUAAUCGAUGCUUAAUUUUCUGAUGACUUUGUAAAAUUUGAUAAACUUUUCAGAAACUGGAAAGGAGAAUCUUGUCCGGUGUGUUUGGGGUGAUUGUAUUUAUGUUCACCUUGACGUCAAAUUGAAAUAAUUGAAAACAAUUUUUUUUGGGGGGGGGGGGGGAGGUACUGUACAUAAGUGCGUGAUUCCAUGAGAAUCAAAAAAGAAAAAGUUGAUGUUUUUAUUUUCCUGUUUUGCAUGAGGUAUUCAGAUGCUUGUUAUAAAAGUGCUUACACAAAAAGUAUCAUUAGGUGCAAUUGGUAUGUUAAGGAACACUUUAGUGGCAGAAUGCAGAUUUUUUUUUUUAUUUUGGCAAAAUAGUUUUUCUAUGACAUUUUAUGUUGUGCUUCCGAACCAUUUUGGGUAGUUGUUGCAUUUUGUAUAUAUGUACAUAUUUGCCUUUUGAGCAGGAUUGAAUGGCCUUAUCUUUGUAAAUGAAUCACUUGUGCUUUGCCUAAAAAACAAAAAAUCAAGCACUUUUUUUCUUGUUUGUGAAUUUGCAUUUGUGUGGAAGGAGUUUUUGUCAAAGGCCUUGUGAUCAAACGGUCUUUGAAAUUAUUAUGUUAAUUGAUAUAAUUUUAUGGGUAUGACCUUAAUUUGUUUUUUAUUAACACUGCAUGCAUGUGCUCUAAAUAUUCCUAGUGCCUACAAGAGAAAGAAAAACUAACUUUAACUAUUUGGUAGGAUAAUUGUAUUUUAUUUUUGGAAAGUAAUCAGAUUUCGGUUUGGCAUUUUAUGACCUUUCCAAAAUGUUCUUGUUGGCUCUGUAUGCUCACAUAAGCCUACAUGUGGUGCCAAUGAGAAAAAUAGAAUUUAGUUUACCCUUUAUGGGCUCCAUGCGCAAACGAAAGAGGGCGCCCUUUUACCUAGCAACGACGUCCCAUGGGCAGGACAUUUAGCUGGUUGACGCGCACCGUUCCUUGUGUGUGACGCACGUACACCGGGGGAUUUGUACUAUGUACAUGUACACGCAGUGGUACGGCUGCGCGUCGCGGCAAAAUUGCAGUCGGGCAAGAUUGCGUCGGUCAGUUACCCCUAUUCACCCCCAACUGUACUUUCUUUGCCGGUGAGGGGGUACUUGUGAACGGAGCGGAUAGGCAGGAUAAUAAGCAAGAUUUAAUUAUUAAGCUUGUUUGCCCAAUCACUUUUAUCAAGUAUGUGAAUAGAUAAGGUGAAUGUAGAAUUUGAAAUUUUGUGGAAAUUUUUUUCAAUUACUAAAAUUUUCAGACAAAAACAUCAUUAGAUUGUCGUUAAGAAAGAAGACUUGUGUAUUGUUUUUUAGUUAGCAGGCAGGGCAAGUUGGAAUUGUGGAUUUUGUCGAGAUUCAUUUUCCCGUCCAACCUAUUUGAAGUCGGAGCAUUGGAAGUGUACUGGACUUGACUCAAAUCUGUAAAUCCAUCAAUAUAAGCGUUUCAUAAGUAAGCCAUGCAAAGCAUGUCUAUAAACAUGAACUAC